UAUUGAAAAUUUCAAAGGUCAGUUUGGGAUGUCGGUUUUAGAAGGGUAGUUUUGGAACUUUAUCUAUGGCACGUGUUGAUUGGUCCAGAGACCAGAACCUUCUACAUAUAUUUGAUUCCAUGCCAAUAGCACUGCAGCUGGCGGUUAAGCAUUUUUAUUUUCGCGACUAAGGGGGACGAAAUCUCUGCACCGAAGCAUUUUCUCGUCGGGACAGUAAGGGGUUAUACUUGUCUAAAAAUGCAAGGAGGGAGAGGUGGUAGGGAUCCAUUCUCUGAUUUUGGUGAUCCUUUUGGUGGUUUUGGGGGCUUUGGUGGGUUUGGGAGUCAGAGGAGUUUGAUGUCCAGUUUUUUUGGUGGAAGGGACCCAUUUGAUGAUCCUUUCUUUACACGUCCAUUUGGAGGCAUGUUUGAGUCCAGUUUUUUUGGUUCAAAUGGGAGUCCAUUUGCUAGCAUGCAUCCUUCUGCAUUUCUUGAGCAUCAAGCUCCAGAGCCUAAAUUGUCUAGGGGUCCAAUUAUUGAAGAACUGAAUUCUGAUGAUGAAAAAGAUGAAGCUGAUAAAGACAAGAAGGAGAAUCCAAGAAAACAUGGUAGAUCAAGCAAGGGUCCCUAUGUUGAGGACCCAGAUGAUGAUGAUGCUGAAGAGAGAAAGAAUAAGCAUUUGCAGUAUAUAAAUAGCCGGAACAAGUUCCAGUACAUGUCACAGCAGCCUCAAACUCGCAGCUUUACUUUUCAGAGCUCCACUGUAACAUAUGGUGGUCCCAAUGGAGCUUACCAUACUUCGUCAAAGAGUAGGAGGACUGGGAGUGAUGGGGUGAUGAUUGAAGAAAGCAAAGAAGCUGAUAGUGCUACAAGGCAAGCAAAUCACAAGAUUUCUAGAGGACUUCACAACAAGGGUCAUACCCUUGAAAGGAGGCUUAACUCAGAUGGUAAGGUGGAUACUAUGCAGACCUUGCAUAAUCUACAGGAAGAUGAGCUUGCUGGCUUUGAAGAAGCUUGGAAAGGAAAUGCUAGACACUCUCUUCCUGGCUGGAAUGGGAGUUUCAGCCGCCAUGAUGGUAUGGGCGCUGGCGUUGGUGGACAGAAUUCUCGGGCAGGCAGGGGAGGUUGGGCACUUCCAUCCACCGAGCAUACACAGCAUUUGAAUAGGACAAAUGUCAGAGACAGGGCAGGGUCUUCUCAGAUGCAGCAGUCAGGAGUGAUGAAAGGUUCUUCAGACCUCAAAGAUAAAAGUGUGUAUUCUCGAGGGAGAACAAGAGAUUAAAAAUGGGAAGCAUUUAAGGAGAGAUUAUUGAAGAAAGUGUGUAUCCUUCUCCGGGCUUUAGUAGUUUUGAGUAUGUGCCACAGGAGAUAGUAUUAGUAGCGUUUUGAUGAAUGCGAUUGUACCACGCAUACGUUAUCCCGUGUCAAAGCCGAUCCAUAUAACCUGCAGUACAUUAUGCAUACCUACUUGUGAUAAUACUCUAUUAUUUGGAAUGCAUCUACGCUAUCAUUUCGUUUUGUCA